AUGUCCAACAUGCCUUUUGGAAUUCAGAUCCUUUGGACGCCACGGAUGCAGAUGCACAGGUCGUGUGGUUCAACAAACAUAUUCACCGCAAAAAAUUUAAAUGUCAAACUACUCAAGAAAUAUGAAGAUUUCAGUGUCAAAAUCUUUUCCUGGAAAGUGUCCACGUUUGGCUUCGUCUCCGAUCUCAAAGAAGUGAUAAAAUGCCUUAAGCUGCUAACUUGGCCAGAUGAUAGACUCAAUGAAUUUAUGAGGAACGUUACAAUUCCAUCGUUUGACAUUUAUUGUAAUAGGAACAAUUUAUGA